CUGUUAACCAAUCUAUCGCACAUUUCACAAAACGAAAGUUCAUUUUGUUCAGAUUCUAAAAUCGUAAUGAGUCUUGAGAUUAACAUUUUAUCAUCAACAAUCGCAUGCAAAUGUUCAUCACUCCUUUGACGUUGGUCAGAUGAAUUUGGUUUUAAAGAUACUGUCGUAAUAAUAUUUUUUCAACAUGUCCAUCUAUGUAACACUACUGAGAAGAGUUGGCUUGCACUAUAACAACAUUGUCAUUAACAAGUUAAUUGGCAUCGAAUGUCUUUCACAAUGUGUUAACCCAAACACAAGGUCACUUGCAUUUGGUAAAAUAAGUAAGAAGCACACAAAUUCUAAGACUGAACAAAAGGAUAUAAAAAAAGUUUCCAAAGACACUCGAUCUGAUAGCACACCUCUUGUUGUAAAGAUGUUAUGUGAUAAUUUAAAAGAACAACAUGAUAUUGAACAAACGGAUCAUUUAUCACAUGAAAAAACAACACUGUCUAUAGAUGAUUUACGACAAUCACUAGAUGAUAUCUCAUGGGAUGUAAAAGCUCGUUUCAAAAAGGAAUUGCAAGAUAUAGACUCUAUAAAUCUUGCUGAAGAAAAAUCUCGUAUGUAUUCAGACCUACAACAAGAAGAUGAUUUUAUAGAACACAUAGAUCUUGACGGCAAUACAGCACCACCCAGCAAAAAAGGGAAGUCUCAUAUCAUGAAGAACAUUAUUGGAACUGUCGAUCCCGCAGUUCCUAAAACAGACAUUCCGUGUUCGGGGUGUGGAGCGAUAUUACACUGUCAAGACUCAUCAGCUCCUGGCUUCAUGUCAAGUGAAAAGUUAACAGUGUUAACAAAGGAUCAACUGAAGCAGUCAGUGUGUCAAAGAUGUCAUUUAAUGAUGCAUCACAAUAUUUGUCUGAAUGUCAGAGUCGAUGAAAAUGAAUAUGCCAAAAUUAUUUCCAAAAUAAAAACUUCAAGAGGUCUGAUUAUGGUUGUCGUUGAUCUUACUGAUUUUCCAAACAGUAUUUUUAAGAAUUUGAUGCAACAUGUUGGCUGGAGUCGGCCUCUGUAUAUCAUUGGAAACAAAGUGGAUCUCCUAGCAAGAGAUGACAAGGGGUACUUGGAUCGAAUAAAACAGUCUCUAAUUAAAGAAUGUGAAGCAAGUGGGCUGAACCCCAGUGGUAAUAACUUGAGACAUGUCUGUUUGGUGAGUGCGAAGACUGGAUUUGGAAUUGAAGAACUUGUCACAAAGCUCAUGUCUCAGUGGCAGCUAAAAGGUCAUGUGUUUUUGGUUGGAUGUACCAAUGUUGGAAAAUCAUCUCUGUUCAAUGCUCUACUGGGAUCAGACUACUGUAAGUCUCACGUUCGAGAGUUGAUUCACAGAGCCACCGUCUCCACCUGGCCAGGUACAACCGUGAGCUUGCUCAAGUUCCCGAUUGUGACCCCCAAGGUGUGGCGACUGCAGGCGAGAAUGGAGCGGCUUAUUGAACAGAGGAUGAGAGAUGCGAUGGAGAAGAAGCUGAGGAGUCUCGAGAGAGAUGACCAAGAAGGAAAUGAACAAAAGACAAGUUUCAAACUUACAGGAAACGUGGGUCAGACUGAUUUCCGCAGCUCGAAACAGAAGCAGGCUGAGGAACAGUGCGAGUAUGAAGGUCAGGAGAUUGUCAGUUUCGAGCUGACCAACAGGGACACCCUGGAGACUCACUCGGGUCGCGGCGAGAAGGUCAGCCCACCCGACAUGUCGUUUGACGAGAAACUGACGGAGAGUCGGUGGACGUUCGACACACCCGGUGUCGUUAACAGUGAACAGAUAAUCAACCUGCUGAGUCCAGAGGAGCUGGCGGUUGUUUUGCCAAGACCGGUGAUUGUGCCUCGCGUGUUUGUGGUGAAACCCUCACAGGUGUUGUUUGUGUCCGGCCUGGGCAGGAUUGAUUAUGUUCAGGGAAGUAAAUCUAUAUUCUUGACAGUGCAUUGUUCGGCUAAUCUGCCACUGCACGUUGUCAAUGGUAAUGAGGCAGAAGAGUUCUACAGUCAACGAGUGGGCACAAAGCAGCUUGGUGUUCCUCUUGGUUUGUGUGAUCGUGUGAAAAGUCUUCCGCCAUUAGAGAGUAAGGAUGUCAGUGUGGUGGGACUCAACUGGGAACAGGCAGCUGCUGAUAUUCAGUUAUCUUCUCUUGGUUGGGUGUCAGUGACUGCGGGUUUUGAAAUGAGCGUAACUCUUCGGGCCUAUACACCAGGUGGCCGAGGUAUCUACGUGAGGAGCCCAGCUCUGUUGCCUCACUACCGGAGUUUCCGGGGACAGAGGAUUGGAAAGACUCCUGUUUACCGGCCCAAGAAACACAACUCCUGAUUAGAAUUGUGAAACAAUGUCAAAGAUGAAAAUCAUUAAAACUAAUUCAGAAUUAGAGAUUUAGAACUGC